GAAAGCAGGACUGUUUCCCAUUAAUGGAAAAUUGGAUUAUAUAUCGUGUGGACUCAAUGCAGUUUAGGGGGCAUCGGCUUGAGGGAGACGACGACUUCAACUUGGUUUUUGUAUUGGGUUUAUGUUCGUUCCAGCAUACCAUAAGUAUAGCGGUUGAUUGCCAAAAACGGAAUGAAGUGACGAGGUGGACAGACGAAAAGAAAAAGCUUGUGGCUGCUAUUACUCCCUCUGCGAAGCCCAUAAGGCCGACACUUUUCGGCGUCGGAGAAUACCAGAGAGAGAGAGAGGGAAUGGCGAGCACCGGAAGAGAUGGCGGGGCCACGGCGAGCAACAAACAGGUCAUUCUGCGAGAUUAUGUGACCGGAUUCCCCAAGGGGUCCGACCUCAUCGUCACUACCACCGCCGUCGAACUUAGGGUUCAGACGGAAUCUCCGACGGUGCUAGUGAAGAAUCUCUACUUGUCCUGCGAUCCCUACAUGCGAAUCCGCAUGGGCAAACCCGAUCCUUCAUCUCCUGCGCUUUCUCAACCCUACGAACCCGGCAAGCCUCUCUUAGGGUUUGGAGUGUCGAGAGUAAUAGAUUCUACCCACCCGGAUUUCGAAAAGGGCGACUUGCUUUGGGGGUUUGUCGGAUGGGAGGAGUACAGUGUCAUCACUCCAAUUCCUAACGUGCACAACAAGAUCCACCAUAUGGAUGUUCCGUUAUCCUACUACACCGGGCUACUUGGUAUGCCCGGCAUGACCGCAUAUGUUGGGUUUUAUGAUAUAUGUGCUCCUAGGAAAGGCGAGUUUGUCUUUGUAUCCUCUGCAUCCGGGGCUGUUGGUCAGCUUGUGGGUCAAUUUGCCAAGUUGAUGGGUUGUCAUGUUGUCGGAAGCGCCGGAAGUAAGGAAAAGGUCGAUCUCCUGAAGAAUAAGUUCGGGUUUGACGAUGCGUUUAACUACAAGGAAGAGCCCGACCUUGAUGCUGCCCUGAAGAGGUGUUUCCCCGAUGGCAUCGACAUAUACUUUGAGAACGUGGGAGGGAAAAUGCUCGACGCAGUGCUUCUAAACAUGAGAAUGAAUGGCCGGAUCGCAGUCUGUGGAAUGAUUUCUCAGUACAACCUGGAAGACCCUGAGGGAGUGCACAACUUGGCCACUGUCAUCUACAAGAGGAUCCGUAUCCAAGGGUUCAUUGUUUCGGAUUACUUCCAAAGACACUCCGAGUUCUUGGACUUUGUGCUUCCUUACAUCAGAGAAAGGAAGAUAACCUACGUAGAGGACACAGUCCAAGGGCUUGAGAACGGACCUUCCGCUCUGAUCGGACUCUUCCAUGGUAAUAAUGUCGGUAAACAGGUUGUCGUGGUUGCUCCUGAAUGAGGUCGUACCAUGAAGUUAGUUUGGAUUAGCGACAAUGGUUGUCUUGUGAACAGAGGACUGAUUAAGUAAAUUAAAUAAAAAAAGUUUUUUUUUGUUGUCU